AUGUCUUUCAAGGCUAUUGUUACCUUUGUCCUCGCUGCCGGCUUCGUUGCCGCAAAGCCCAUCAGCCACCAGUCUGGCCUCAGCCUCGACAGGCGCCAGAUCGAUGUCAGCUCCGUCAUCAACGGCUUUAAUCGCAACGAUGGCGCCUUCAACUUCAUCGACGGCUUCAACAACUUCAACAAGCAGCAAAAGGUCAUUCAGAUCCAGCAGCAGAAGAUUCAGAUCGUCGAUGACCGCUCCCGCCAGCAAAUUGUGCAGCAGAUCCAACAGGUCCUCAUCGUUGACCAGGUCAACAACGGCUUCAACAACGAUCUGAACAACCUCUUCCGCAAGAGCAACUUCCAGAACCAGUUCCGUGACCGCAGAACCGAUGUCAUCAUUGUUCAGGAGAUUAUCGUUGUCAUCGAUGAUGGCCGUGGCGGCCGUCGCGACCAGAGCUUCUUUGCUCAGAACACCAUUGUUGCCAACCGCGGUGGCCGCGACAGGCAGAGCGUCAUGAUCUUCGACUCCCGUAAGCUCAUUGCCAACGACAUUCUCCGCGACAACGCCUUUGACAGGAUCGGACGCUUCAAUGGCAUUGCUGGUGCCACUGGCCCCAUUGACGGAGGCCUUCCCCUCAAGACCCGGGGCUACCAAAUCUUUGACGAGCGACCCCGCCACGCCAACAUUGUCGAGGACCCUGCUGCGAUUCUCGGUGCCAUCUGGCAGGGUGCAGUUGAGGACCUGCAGCGCAACGAUGAGGACGAGAACGAUAAUAAGCUUAAUGAGUUGCUUGCUGCCCAGGAGCUUGAGGAGCUCCUGAAGCAAAAGGGUAAUGAUAACAAC